ACGGCCGACAGUCCUUGCGGCGCCAUGGGCGACCUCGCGCGCCUCUUUGCCUGCCUGGGCGCGCUCGCCUCUGCCGAGCUCCUGCCUGCGGAUGGCGGCUUCGAGGCGACCCAGGGCGCCGCCCCGCGCGCGCUCCGCAGCCUGCCCGCCGCCAACGGCACGGAGGAGCCGACGCUGGGGAGGCGGCUCGAGGCCUCGAGCGCCUGCCAGAGCUGCUGCCAGUCGGGAACGUGCGAGCUGGCCUGGAAGGGCCAGAGUCAAGGCCUGUGCUGCACCCCUGCCGCCGGCACCCCCGCGUCGCAGAUGUACUGCUGCCCCUUCUCGAACGGCUGCGCCGCGAACUUCCAGUGCCCGGUCCCUCAGGCGCCGAGCCCCAUCAGGCACAACAUCGGCCCUGGCCUCUCCCGCUACCACGCCGAGCCCACGGGGCUGCUUGGCAUGCUCCUCCCCCUGCUCCUGCUCCUGUGCCUCUGCUGCGCGCUGAGCCAGCUCUGCGGCAAGCAGGGGCAGCACUUCGGCGGACCAAUGGGCGGCGGGUACCCCAUGGGCGGAGGCUACGGCGGCGGCUACCCCACCAUGGGCAUGGGCGGCGGAGGGUACCCCAUGGGCGGUGGCUACGGAGCUGGCACGGUCGGCGCGGCCGGUCUCGGCGGCCUGCUCGGCGGCAUGUUCCUGGGCGAGCAGCUUGCCGGCGGCGGCUUCGGCGGCGGGGGAUACGGCGGCAGCGAGAUGAUGGACUACGGCGGCGGCGGCGGCGGAGGCUUCAUGCCGGCCGACGGGGGCUUCGGCGGCGGAAGCAUGCAGGCCGACGGGGGCUUCUGA